UGCAACCACCCACACAUAAGCCCCUCCGCCCACUCCCUGCCAGUCUGAGCUGCACAUUUCUCGGGACAGCAGUGUGGUAAAGAAGCUGCAGGCAGGGGUAGAGAAGCCACCACAGAGAGCGAGAUAAUCACAGAGUCAGAGACCAGGGGAGAUCAAAAGGACUCAGAAGCCAAGGAGAAGGCGUCCGAGCCCUCGGCACCAGGACAUGGAUGCAACACAGCCAGGGGGGCAUGGCUGGGUCAACAUGCUGGCGUGCAGGGUGUGGGCAGCCAUCAGCAAGGCGCUGUUUGCAGAGUUCCUGGCCACGGGGCUGUACGUGUUCUUUGGCGUAGGCUCAGCUCUGCACUGGCCCUCAGCUCUGCCCUCUGUGCUGCAGAUUGCCAUCACCUUCAACCUGGCCACCGCCGUGGCUGUGCAGGUCACCUGGAAGGCCAGCGGGGCCCACGUCAACCCUGCCGUGACUCUGGCCUUCCUUGUGGGCUCUCACAUCUCUCUGCCUCGCGCUGUGGCCUACGUGGCUGCCCAGCUAGCAGGAGCCACCGUAGGGGCUGCUCUGCUUUACGUGGUCACGCCAUCGGACAUCCGGGAGACUCUCGGAGUCAAUGUGGUCCGGAACAGCGUCUCCACUGGCCAGGCGGUGGCAGUGGAGCUGGUUCUGACCCUGCAGCUGGUGCUCUGCGUCUUUGCUUCCACCGACAGCCGUCAGACGUCGGGCUCCCCGGCCCCCAUGAUCGGGAUCUCUAUAGCACUGGGCCACCUCAUUGGGAUCUACUUCACCGGCUGCUCCAUGAACCCAGCCCGCUCUUUCGGUCCUGCUGUCAUCGUUGGGAAGUUCACAGUCCACUGGAUCUUCUGGGUGGGACCCCUGACAGGGGCUGUCCUGGCUUCGCUGAUCUACAACUUCAUCCUGUUCCCUGACACCAAGACCCUGGCCCAGCGACUGGCCAUCCUCACCGGUAUCACAGAGGAGAAAGUGGAGGAGGUGGAGCCACAGAAGAAAGGCUCCCAGUCUGGUAAAGGAGAUGCUGAAAUGGAGAGUGUGUAUGAAACCGUGUAGACCCUGGCCCUGCACUCAGGCUCCAAGAGCAAACUGGCAGUGGGAGUCCUAGGCCUCCAGAGCCUCCCUUCUUGGUGGAAAAAAAGGAACUGGAGACCGACGGCCACUGUGCUUGGACACUGAGGACUACAGGGACCUCAGGAAUCCCUACUUCUCACCCUACCCAGGAAAUACAUUGGAGAGGAGAGGACAGGUUUCUUUAGAGAAAGUGGGCCCUGGGACAGUUCCUAAGUUCCUCAGAGGGACUUCUCUGCCCUUGGAUGCAGUUUGAGGACUAUGGCUGCCUCUCAGAUGGGCUCCCUGAGGACAGAGAUUGCCCUCCCACAAGGUCCUUCUUCACUCUUCCAAAUCUCCAGGAGAGGAGCUAGCAAAGAGAAACAGGAUAUAAAAAGGGAGGCUUGGCAUAGUAGUUAAGGUACUGGACUCCCACAUGGUCGACCACGGUUUGUGUCCCAGACCUGG